GAAUAAAUGAAAAUUGAAAAUCUAAGCCUUUCGAGAGUAUCGCUCAUGGCAGCUAGCCACAUCAUGGUCUCCACGCUACCGUCCUCACCUCCCCGCCUCCUCCUUCCCCGACGCCCCGCCGGUACCUUUGGUCUCUCCACCUCUACAUUCCUCUCUUCCUUCCAAACUCUAAGAGCCCCGUCAGAGAUCACCCGCCAUCUUCAUCGCCGGCAUCCGCUGCCGGGAGAGCUGGCAGUGGUGCGCGCCGGUCCGCCGAGCGCAUCCACCCUCAUCCUCGUCUUCGUUCUUCCCCUCUCCCUCCUCAUCGGCACCAUCUUGGUUUCCAUCCGAAUCGGCAACAAGCUCGAUGAGAAAUUCCUCGAAGAGCUUGCAGCGAAUCAAGCAAUGGUGGGAGAGAACGAAGAAGAAGCAGGAGAAGAAGGACAGGAGGGAUUGGAGGCGAGGGAAGGAAAGGAAGAUAGAGUUAUGGUGAAAGAAGAAAUUGGCGCGGCGGCAGCCCGCGUUCGUAACCGCCCGAAAAGAGAAGUAUGAACUGUUUGGUAGAAUUGCUUUUGUGUAAUUUGACACCAAGAUUGUACCUUUAAUUUGUUUUUAUGUCAAUGAUGAAGAACUUGUGCCAUUGAAUUUCUAUUAUGAAAUCCUUCAAGCGGCUUUAGAGGCUAACAGCAUUUGUAAAAGUCUAAGAAUUAAUUCGAAAAAUGAAGGAUCUUAAGGUAUAUUUU